AUGGAUUCCCAGGGGGCCUCUGGACAUUCCGACCGCGGGCAGGAGCCUGAGCCCACGCUCGCCUCUCAUCGCUCCGAUGGCAGCGCCGUCAUGGCCAUCGCUGAGGGCCGUGGCUGCCAGUCCGAUCUCUCAGAUACACAGUCAUACGGGCGGAUGCUUCAUCAGGUGCAUCUGAUGGACCCGUGCGAGGUGGUUGUCGCAGCAUACUCGCCAACCUCGACCAAGACCGUGCUACAUGACAAGAUAUCGGAAACCUGGCCCAGCAUCUCGGUUGUCACUGUCGGUCGCAGAGAGUUUUCCGAUUCCAACGGACUCAGCUGCAUCAAGCGGCACACUUAUCAAGACGAUCUCUCCAAGAUCAUGCUGGGGCUGGAAUCCAAGUACUUUUGUCUGGCCGCUGUUAGCGCCCUGUUCCACUAUCUCGAGUCAGUCCACUCCGUCUCGUUUGCCAACGGAUGCCUCAAGUUUCAGUACCAGCUCGUUGACGGCAUGAUGAUGAUCGACCACGUCACUGCCAAAAACCUAGAGCUGUGCCGCAGUCUCCUUGGUCCCCGACACAACAUGACGCUGCUUGGCGUCCUCGACAAGACACAGACGCCGAUGGGAGCUCGACUUCUGCGUCUGAAUCUUCUGCAGCCUUUGAAAGAUCCAAGCACUCUGAAUAUGCGACUCGAUGCUGUUGAAGCACUCGUCCAGUCCGAGCUCAUCAGGAUUCCCAAGCGAGCGGCAGCCCAUCGCUGCGAGCAGUCCAUCAACACUCUGCUGAAACUCAAGCAUAUCUUUGCGGAUCCGGCUCUCGAGGCCAUGCAAAGCCGACUAGGUCAGACCAUCGACGACGAUGUUACCUAUCAAAGAUCUCCUCUGACGCUCCAACAACAGCGCUGCUAUGCUGUCAAGCCUGGAUUCAGCGGGCUGCUUGAUGUUGCCAGACAGACGUACAAGGAGGCCAUUGACGACGUGUACGCACUUGUCAACGGCUAUCGAGACACCUAUCGAAUGAACAUUUCCGAGACCUUCACCCCGAAGCUUGGCUUUGCAUUGGCAAUCUCCAAGAAGAAACUGGCUGCCGGCGCCGAGUGGCCGGCCGAGUUCAUCGGCACAAGCACCAAGCGCAAUACCAUCACAUUCACCACGCUCAGCCUCAAGAGUCUCAACGAACGCAUCCGCGAAGCCUUGGCGGAGGUCUAUUUGAUGUCCGACAGCAUCAUCGAGAGUCUAAUGGAGGCCGCCCGGCAGUCUGUCGGAUGGCUGUAUCAACUCUCCGAGGCGCUGGCGAUGCUGGACAUGCUGCUUUCGUUUGCGCACUAUCGCACCGCACGCCGAUGCUGCCGCCCCGAGUUCAGCGACACACUUGCUCUUCAGAGCGCGCGACAUCCCGUCCGAGAGAUGGAGCCCCGGAGGCCGUUUGUGGCAAACGACGCUUACGCAAGCCCGAGCUGUAGUGUCCAGAUCAUUACUGGUCCCAACAUGUCCGGAAAGUCAACGUACAUGCGCCAAAUUGCCCUCAUCACCAUCAUGGCGCACGUUGGGAUGCAUGUCCCGGCCACAUUUGCGUCUGUGCGCUUGACAGACCGCAUGUUCUCUCGCCUCGGCAGCGACCAAAGCGUGACAGCCAACGCCUCGUCGUUCAUGAUGGAAAUGCGCGAAUGCGCCUUCAUAUUGGAACAUCUGACCAUCGAGAGCAUGGUGUUUAUCGAUGAGCUUGGACGAGCGCAUUUGAUGCAGCACUUGAUGCGGAACAGGCUCAACGCGCCGCUGACUGUGCUUCUGUUGGGCCUGCCUCUUCAGGCGUUUGUGUUCUUUUCGACGCACUUCUGGGACUUGGCGAAUGUCCUGAAGCUGUAUCCAAACGUUGUGAAUCUCCGAAUGCGAGUUUCAGUUGACGACAAGGGCGACCAGGGUGUCUGUGGGUCUCAGAGCCGCAGCAUUCGGUAUCUCUACUCGGUCGAAAGCGGCGUAGCCGAUCAGCCACACUACGGAAUCCAGCUCGCAGCCGUGGCGGGGCUUCCGCACGACGUCAUCAAAUCCAGCCUCGAGAUCUCAGAGCAGGCGAGUGUUCCAGACGCAGCGGCAGCACGGACAACGGCACAUACGGCAUCUCAGGCGGCUGCUGACAGCUCGGUGCAGCUCGAACAGGACCUGAAGCUUCGGCAGCAACGGCAUCCAGGGGCUCUUGAGCACCGCAUCCGUCGACUCGAAGAGGCGAUCAAGAGACAUGCCAAACUGCCUGAGACGGAGCUCCGGAGCCUUCUGAAGGCUAUCCGGCUGUCCUUUGUGGAGGAGAUGAGCGGGCUGAUCGAAGACUCUGGCGCUGCAGUGGAUGCCCCAAUCUCUACUGAGUAA